AUGAAAAUAUUGCCUAGAAAGAUUUUACCUCCAUAUCCUUACCAUAUACAUCCUAAGGCAAUCAUCCAAGAUUUAGUUGACUUCCCGUUGCAAUUCUACUCAAAAGACAUUGAUUUAAAGAAUAUAUAAAAGGAGAUCGAAGCAAACUGAAUUCUUGAGACAAUUUAUUCAAAUCUCAAGGUCAAGGCGAAAUAGGCGAGAAAUCAGUCGUGAUAUAGUUCAGACAAAUGGAUUAUGUAUAUCUAAGGGAGUUUUAAUUUGGUCCCUGUGGUUGGAAAGAGAUAACCUGGCAACGUCCUUCAGGACCGAAGGUGGAUCUCACACCGCAAUUCCAUGUGUUGUGACCUUUACCACAACGGUCAACCCGUUUUCUAGUAGUUUCUAGAGUAGGCACCUACCCAUUGACUUUACUUGACUAGAUCAAGCUAUCCCAGAGACACGUGUCAAGGUGCAGAUAUCCGUAAUCUGCUACAGGUAUCUACUCGGCUCAAGUUCGAAGAAACCCUAAUUCUAGUUUUACACGGCAUCAGUAGCUAGAAGAUACCGCAUUCGACUUGUUGACAAAUUGUUGGAGUUGAGCACAGUUACGCUCCCUAGGGGGAUCCUUGGCGGCUGCAUUAACACUGGGGUAAGGUCUUUCAGUAAUUAAGAUUAAGUCUCUAAAUAAUAUUGAUAGAAUUUUAAACUAUUUUCAUGCCAAAAUGCUCAAAGAUGCAAGUCGUAGCUGUGGAUUAUUCUUAUCUUUACUUGCAAAUAAUAGAAUUCAAGACCUAGAAGAUCUAUGUGAAUGAAACUUGUAUAAAAAAAUCAAGGAUUCAAUGAUAUCUUUUAAAGGUCAAGGGUACGCAAUUAAAUCAAUUGGAGAUAUAGAAAGGUCCAAAACAAUAUAUUUAGGUAGAACCAAAUAUAUAGGUAAUUUGCUUCCUUAUCGAAACUUGAAUUUGCCAAAAUCCAACUAUAAAAUUCUCCAAAAUAGUUUGCCUGAUUUUCGUAAAAAUCGUGAAUAUUAUUCUUUUAGGUUUUUCUCUAAACAUUUACAAGGAUAUAAAGAUCGUGGCUAUGACGAUAAAAUGUACUCGCUUGACUUGAAGAACCUUAAUAAGCUAGACGAUAUAUCACCAUUUAAAGAACAUUUAGCAAAUCUAAGGAUGGCCUUGAAAUUUCGAUCAAUUCAUAUGUAUGUUUUGGACGUAGGCUUUACUAGUUCCUUUAAACUGCUAGUAGUAGACAAAGAUGGGAAUAUUGUGGAAGGAGAUGAAAACCCAGAAAAAUUAGAGUUUCACUCUUUCAGAUUGGAAAGGGUUAUGCAUAAUAAAUGAUUUUUCAAGAAAUCAAGAAGAGCUGAGUGAAUGAAAUCGAAUUUUAAAGGAAUUUUUAAUGAAUUUACUAUUAGUGAUGUAGAUGGGUUUAUGGAUGGAAACCCAUUUACUAAAUAA